CUGCUUUGAUCGUCAGCUGGCUCUCGAUUCUUCCUCGCGUCGCAGCAUCAGGAUGAGCACCCUAGUGCGAGUCCUCGCCGUCUCCCAUGUCCACCCUGACGAGGCGGCCGUCGGAGCCGCAUGGCCGCCGCCGAACACCGUCGAGCUCUCUUUCUUGGACAGCUUCCAAGUUGCCCGCGGAGCGAUCCAGCGGCUCUUCUUCUACGAGGGCGACGACCUCCCGCCAUUCCAGUCUAUCGUCGGUGCCCUGCAGUCCUCCCUCGCCGCCGCGCUCCCCGUCUUCCUGCCCCUCUCCGGGAAGCUGGCCUACCUCCCGGAGUCCGGCGACGUCGUCAUCGACUACUCCCCGGACGCCGUCUCCCCCGGCGUCAGGUUCGUCGAGGCCGAGUACUCCGGCAGCGUCGACGACAUGCGCCGCCUCGCCGGCGACGACGAGCACCAGAUUGAGGCGUUCUUGCAGCUCGUGCCGGAGCUCGAGGUGACUCCACUCCCGAUGGGGGUCGACAUGUCGCAGCAGAGAAGGAGAACCUUCUUGCUCAACGCCGGCGAGAUCGAAUCUCUGAAGCAGCGCAUAUCGGAGAGCGACGCCGGCCGCGAGCAGCUGCGCAACCGGCUGUCCACCUACGUGGCCAUCUCCUCCCUGGCGUGGACGUCCAUCGUGCGCGCCAAGUCCCUGGACGCCGCCGACAAGGUCUACUUCAUGGUGAGCGCGGACUGCCGGCGCCGGCUGCGCCCGCCGGCCGACAAGGGCUACUUCGGCAACUGCGUCACCACAUGCGUCGCCAAGGCCAUCUCCGGCGACCUGUCGGCCGGCUCCGACGACGGACUAGCCGGUCUCGCGCGCGCCGCCGCGGCGAUCCAGAGGGCGAUCCGGGAGGGUCUGGAGGUCCCGUUCGGCAACUCGGAGCGCUGGCUCGACGGCGCCACGGCGACGACCCCGCCGGUGAGGUCGUUCACGAGGUCGGGGUCGUCGCACCGGUACAUGGCGUACGAGACGGACUUCGGGUGGGGCGCGCCGAGCCGCGCCGAGCUGGCCACCGUGUACGGCGAGGAGGUGGUGAUGAUGCUGGGCGCGGCGGACGGCGGCGUGCAGGUGUCAGUGGUGCUCCGCCGCGCGCUCAUGGAUGCGUUCGCCACCAACUUCCGGCGGCAGCUGGUGGCGUCGACCUGAGGCCGAGAAAUUUCAGUGGUGGGGUUAGGAUUUUGAGAUCGAGCAUUCGAAUGAAAACGGAAAAAAAAAACACAAGCACGUUAUUUGGUACAUAUGAUCAAUAAUAUGGCAUUUUAGUGCUACUUAUUGAAUUAGAA